UCCUCCGCCCCCGUCCCCUUUCCUAAUAUACGUCUUUGAAAAUUCACAAAUGUAUUUGUAAUGAAUAUUACAAACUGGAAGAUAUAAAUGGAGCGUAAAUGUUGAGCGUGUUGUCAGUGUUUCCUCCGGCUUCCCAUGGUGCAUCGCUUUAUUUUGUCUAGUAGCUCAGGGAGAUCUGACAGGAACACAGCCGACCGAGGCGAGCCGCUGGCAGCAUCACCAACAUGACCUGCAAGGUGGAGUGCGCUUAGCCGCUGCGGCUAGCCCGUUCGACCGCUAUUUAUUGCGCCUUAGCAGCUUCUUGACGGCCACGUAUUUUCAGCUGAAAGUGUGCUGCUGGUCAGCUGGCUGAAAGAAGUCUACAACAAGUAAAACUGUUCACAGGUUCCAGGGGUGGUGGGGAUCCAAACAGAUAUCGCCAUGGCCUCAGCAAACGUAACUCUGGAGAAUCAGCUGCACAGUGCUCAGAAAAACCUGCUUUUUCUGCAGCAGGACCAUGCUAACACACUAAAGGGGCUACAUGCAGAGAUCCGCCGACUACAGCAGCAAUGCACAGAUUUGACAUAUGAGCUCACCGUGAGAAGCUCCGAUCCAUCAGACAGCAGCGAGGAACGAUGCAGGGAGCUGCAAAGGAGGUGUGAGGAGCUGGAGGCCCAACUUAAAAAGAAGGAGGAGGAGAACACCGAGCUGCUCCGGGACCUGGAGCAAAAGAACGCCAUGAUUUCGGUCCUGGAAAACACCAUCAAAGAGCGGGAGAAGAAGUACCUGGAGGAGCUUAAGAUGAAGAGCCACAAGCUGGCCGUGUUGUCUGGGGAGCUGGAGCAGAGGGCAAGUACCAUCGCUUACCUCACCUCGCAGCUUCACGCCACUAAGAAGAAGCUUUUGGCCGGAAGUUCCUCCGAGGCGAGUCCCAACGUCAGUCCCAUCAGCUCCUACAAGCCGACGCCUCCCCCCGCCAAGGACAGGCAGCCUGAAACCCCGCGUCGCCGGAUGAAGAAGAGCCUCUCCCAGCCUCUUCACCCGGAGCUAACGGAGGUGUACCGCCUGGGCCCGGACGGCAGGCGGGUUGUCCUGCGAGAGCCGGUCGACGCCAUGCCUGACCCGACGCCGUUCUUGCAGGCAGCCCGGGAGUCUCCCGACGCGCAGCAGGUAGUGCGUGAGCGCCCCUCAGUCAUCCCUCCCAUCGCCUCCGACCGCUCCCCCAUCCCUCCCCUGGGCGCCGCGGCCAGCCCCCGACACAGCCCGGCUCGGGAGCGCCAGCACAGGGCCCACGUGGGCGUGGCGCACCGCAUCCCGCACGGCACCCCUCCUCUCGCCCCGCCGCAGGCCGAGCUGGAGACGCUGGCAGUGGACCAGGUCAACGAGGACAAGGUUCUGCAGAAGCGCUCGGAAGCCGAUAGGACAGUUUAACACUGCAAUGCUGCACCUGCGCAUUAACACAGAUGCACAUCUAGGGCCAGAUGCAUAAAACUUUGGUUUUAUGACUAAAAGGAGCGUGACCACAAAGGCAAAAAUGUGUUUAUGCAUUCUGUUUGCCAGAUUUAUAAAGAGUGCCUUGCAGAGGUAUUCACACUGCUUGAACUUUUUCAGAUUUGAUCACGUCAUCACCGCUAACUUCAGUGCAUAACUUUAAAAAUGGAAGGAAAAUGAUACAUGUCUUUUUAAAAAGUGUUUUAAAAAGCCAUAUUCAGAUUGUUUUAUAAACAAUCUGAAUAGUGUGGUUAAUAGUAUUAACCACACUAUUCCCAAAAAAACUCCCAAUGAGUUUGUUUUUUUUGUACUAUUCACAUGCUCUCAUACUUUGCUCAACCAUUUUUAAGUCUUUGCAGCCUUUAACAGGAUCAAUUCCUUAUCACCCACCACAGCAUCAUACUGCCACCACCAUGUUUUACCCUUGAAGUGGUAUGUUCAGGUUGUGCUGGUUUUCUGCAAUACAUCAGUGUUUUUGCAUGUCGAAAGUUCGGUUUUGGUCUGUUUUGUCGCCUUCCUGCGACAAAAUGAAUGAAUAUUGAAUAUUUUUAAUGAGAUUAAUUUGCACACAGGGAUCUCUGCUUGGUCUGGAUUUGAUUUAGGGGUGUCCGAGUAUAGAGAGCCGAAUACAUAUGCAUGUAACGUUUUUGUUGUUUGUAACAUUUUAGAAACCAACUAUCAUUUUCCUUCCCCCGCACAAUGGGGCAGAAAUUUCUGUUGACCUAUUGCAUAAAAUUCAAUAAAAUACACUGAAGUUUGUGAUUUGAAUGUAAAAUGUCAACAAAAAAAAAGUUCAAGGCAUAUGAAUACCUUUAUCAGACACUGUGGAAUGUGCUUCUGCCAGUACAUCCGAAUCAUUUUGAAAUUUUACACUCAUGCACUUCCUUCAUACUUUAACCCCAUUUCUGGCUUAAGGUAUGGAGGAAAUGUGUUUAGUCUCGGCUGUGAGCCCAUGAACACAACAAAGCCUGAAUUAAAAUCCGUUACAUAUGCAACUCCACUUUCUAAGUUCAAAGCAACGGACCUCGACGGAAGGAAAAUAGAAACAGUAUUGCACAUGUGGGGCUUUAAAGCACACUAGCCUACAUAUCGUCCUCUGCAAGAAGCUAAAGCAGCAAAAUAAUGGUUCUAUUAAAGUCUUACCAAGGUCUUCCAACUCCUCCAGAUGAGCCUGCUUGUUUCAUUUGACCUCAAAUUCUGUUUUUGUGGUUUUAGUUUAAUAUCUCUCACACAUUGAGACAUACAAACAAAUCCAAUGUGUAGAGAAGGGUACAUGCAUUGUGUUUGGUUUUUUGCACUAUUUAUGCAUCUGACCCUAGCGUAUACACACUUACUUACACUGCAAGAACAGCGAAGAGCCUGAGCCACUGUGCAGCCUGCUUUUUACACAACGCAGCAGUAUCAACAAAAGCGUCAUUUUGUGGUACUCCAUGAGGACCUUUACGUUUUCUUCUUCUACGGUAGAAAUGGACUACUGUAAAGCACGCCAAAUGAGUUUUAUUAGUCUCCCAAUGAGUUGUGUUUUUUUUUUGUACUUUUCACAUCUUGACCUUUUUGCUUCGACCUGUCGGAUCUGUUUUAUGUGGUGCAAACAACCAAUUCUCAGCCAAAUAUCUGCGUCAGUGCCUGCUUAACCGGCCUAGUCGUGCUCAAGCUGUGAAACGUAGUCAUGGCUAGAAGUUACCGUUACAUAUCUGGAGUACAGAGGAGGUAGCAGCAGUCUAUAUAGCAAGACGUCAGCAGCAGCUUCGUAGGAUAGAGGUGACGUAAUAACACUGCUGCUCCGUAAAUGUCUUUUUUAUUUGGUAUCUGUAUACUCACGUGACCGUAGGUAGAAGCUGCGAUGUGUGUAACUGAAAUGUGCCGGUUAUCGAGUUGAAGCUUUUCCUUUGCUUCGUAGAAGGAAGCAGCGCUGGACAUAUUUUAAUGCAAUAUGGAUAUUUAUAUAUAUAUAUGGAAGUAGGGAGUGUUUCUGCGUGUGUGAGCGAGGAGGAGAGCGCGAGCGUGUCUGAGGAAAGAUGACGGAGGAUUUCGUUUAGGUUUGAACAAUAUUCAUUAAUGCUUUUUGUCGUACAAGGGCAUUUUUAAAACACUGCUGGACAUUGUGAUAUUACCAACCGUACUUUUUAAAAGGCUGUCAAUUUGUAAUGAGUUGUUUUUUUAAUUUAUUGUUUAUUAAUGACCCAGCGGGAAAAAGAAAGACAAAAAAGAAAAACAACAAUCCUGAUGCACUCUGUACCUAUCACACCACCACAAUAAUGGUAAUUAAAUCUCUUAAUAGCCUGCUUUUCACAAUAAAAUCACUUGUCAUUAAAGAAUACAAAUUAUUGUUUUACUGCCAUGCUUUUGGUUUGGUUACUUGGUUCGAAUGAGUGUCAGAAAAGCUGGAGGAAAGGUCACUUUACUGGGCCAGGUUUGUUUGUCAACAGCGGUGCCCCUAAGAUGAGGUACGGGGGAAAUGUCACAAAAAUAUUCAGUAUUUUUUAAUUUUUUAUCAUGGAUAGUGACACAUCUGAUGACUUGCCAUUUUGAACUCAGGGCCACCAUUUGUGCUUCAGCAAGAAUAUAAACUGACAUCUUGUCACACUAUUACAGUUAGAUGAUUAUUAGAUUACCAAACUUACUAAUCAAAAGGAGAAAUAACCCAAGACAGUGGAUUUUAACUUGAAAAGGACAGAAAUUGCCAUGGCGCAGAGGAGUCACCUUAAAACUAUUUUGUCGGACAUCGUCAGACAUUUUGAAACAAUCAAAUGAGAAGAGGAUUCACAAUGUUGUCCAAUAGGUCAGUGUUGCUAGGAUGAGUGUAGACCAACAGGGCUUUUUAUCUUUUAUUGAUUUAACGCAAAUAAACCUCAAGACAAGUGAUUAAAAUAAAUGUUAUUUUUUGACAAACAUAUUUGGUUAAACUCACUUUAGGCAUUCUUUUCCAUCCUUCCAGGUACAUCUCAACAAUAAACUUGGUUAUGAUAAAUCAUUUGGCAUUACACAGCUUCGUCUUUACACCUCAGAAGGCCACUGUCACACACUUUACACAACGGUCUAUGACGAGCAUCCACGUAGAAUCCAUAAACACAGGACAAACCAUUUGUACGGUUCUCUUAACCGGUUUAAAAGCAUUCCCGCUGGAGCCAAAGGGUUAUUCAAAUUACGACAGCAAGC